CCGUGGUCCUAAGAAACGGUAACUUCGUCUUCCAAAAACCACCUUCUUUCAGCAGCGAGCUCUGAGCUUCCAUUUUUCAAAUGGCCGUUGCGGUAGGCAACUGCUGCUUCUCUGCGGCCACCUCCACCGUUAAACUCCGCUCCUCCGUCUCCGACCAACCUUUCUUCGCCACGUGGCUCUGUUCCGGCAGCUACCAGUACCACGCUCUUAAGCCCGUCAGCCGAAGCAAUAGAGAAAGAGCUUCCAGUUCGAGAAAAGGCUUGUCGUCGCCGCCGUCCGCUGAUAAAUACCAACCGGAGAGAGAAGGCGUUCCCAAUAAGUUUAGCGGAAAUGAGAGAGGGAAGAAGGGGAAGUCCCAAUCGGUGGCGUACAGAGCGUUCGGAACGCAACGAAUAGAGAGGAAGGAGUCUGUAGUUGAUCAGAAAGAGCAGCAGGUUGAACCGAAAAGUCUCCAGGAUGCUGAUUUUCUCAAUGCCGUUGUCAAGGUUUACUGCACCCAUACCGCGCCUGACUACUCCCUUCCAUGGCAAAAACAAAGACAAUAUACAAGUACAGGCAGUGCUUUUAUGAUUGGUGACGGGAAACUCUUGACAAAUGCCCACUGUGUUGAGCAUUAUACUCAGGUCAAAGUGAAGAGAAGAGGGGACGAUACCAAAUACGUGGCUAAGGUUUUGGCCAGAGGUGUUGAUUGUGAUAUAGCUUUACUUUCGGUAGAAAGUGGGGAAUUCUGGAAAGGAGCAGAACCACUCCAAUUGGGAAGCUUGCCACAUCUUCAGGAAGCAGUGACUGUUGUAGGAUAUCCCCUUGGAGGAGAUACCAUUUCAGUAACUAAGGGGGUUGUAUCACGUAUAGAGGUUACAUCAUAUGCUCAUGGGUCAUCUGAUCUGCUGGGCAUUCAGAUUGAUGCAGCAAUAAACCCUGGUAAUAGUGGUGGCCCUGCAUUCAAUGAUCAAGGGGAGUGCAUUGGUGUGGCAUUUCAGGUCUACAGAUCUGAAGAGGCUGAGAAUAUUGGAUAUGUCAUUCCUACUACAGUUGUGUCUCAUUUUUUGGAUGACUAUGAGAGGAACGGGAAGUACACAGGUUUCCCUUGCCUUGGUGUAUUGUUACAAAAGUUGGAGAAUCCAGCAUUAAAGGCGUGCCUGAAAGUAGAGUCUAUUGAGGGUGUACUGGUGCGAAGAGUUGAACCCACUUCUGAUGCACAUAAUGUGUUAAAGGAGGGGGACGUCAUUGUAAGCUUUGAUGAUGUUCAUGUAGGGUGUGAAGGAACAGUACCCUUUCGAUCAAAUGAGCGCAUCGCAUUCCGCUACCUCAUUAGUCAAAAAUUUGCAGGCGAUGUUGCAGAUAUUGGUAUUAUUAGAGCUGGAGACUAUAAAGUUAAGGCAGUUUUGCACCCACGAGUGCAUUUGGUUCCCUUUCAUAUCGAUGGAGGUCAGCCUUCUUACCUAAUAAUUGCUGGUUUGGUGUUUACCCCACUCUCAGAACCGCUGAUAGAAGAGGAGUGUGAUGACUCUAUAGGGCUUAAACUCUUGGCGAAGGCGCGCUACUCUUUGGCUAGAUUCAAAGGGGAGCAGAUAGUAAUCCUAUCACAGGUCUUAGCAAAUGAAGUAAACAUUGGGUAUGAAGACAUGAGCAAUCAGCAGGUUUUGAAGUUAAACGGAAUCCAAAUAAGGAACAUUCAUCAUUUAGCCUACCUUGUAGACUCAUGCAAGGACAAGUACGUAGUCUUUGAAUUCCAAGACAACUACAUAACCGUGUUGGAAAGGGAAGCAGCUACCGCUGCUUCGUCCUGCAUUCUCAAAGACUAUGGCAUUCCAUCCGAAAGAUCUUCCGAUCUGUUGGAGCCCUACGCGGAUUCGCUUGGGGACAACCAAGCAGUUGAUCAGGAUAUCGGUGACAGUCCAGUUUCAAAUUUGGAAAUCGGCUUCGAUGGAAUUAUUUGGGCAUAAAUAAUCAUUCUUUACAUCUUGGAGAGGCACAAGCCAUGAUAUGGUUGUGAUUCGCCGGCCAACAGUUAUUUAUCGAUUGGCUCCUGUCGCCGCAGCGCCGCCGUUGCAAGGUGUUCGAUUUUGUAGUUUCUUAGCUAGUGUGACAAUUUUGAUAAUUUGUAUCCAUAAGAUGCUUCGGAUAGCAUGACAAAUCAUUGUUGUAAUUGAAUUAUUUACUGUAACAAAAAUAAUGAAAUGCCAAUGCAAACUUCAUAUUA